AGGGCGAGUAGGCAGGCAUUUGUUUCUACCAGAUACCCAUUUUGAAAAGAGUUCUUUGAGAAUGGGAUUCUCGGGAGCAGUGGUGUUGACGGAUCUCAACGACUUUAUCACACCAUCACAAGCAUGCAUCAAGCCAGUCGAGAUCAAAAAGACUGCCACUGAAGGGACGCAGAUCAGAGUUGACGAUACAGGCGGGUACUAUGAAGUACGGCAAGAUGGAGGAGAAACCAAGCUCGAGACCGCCAGCAUAUCACUCAAUGAUUGCCUGGCAUGUAGUGGAUGUAUCACAUCAGCGGAAAGUGUACUCAUCACCAUGCAAAGCCAAAAAGAACUCUACGAGAUCCUCACUGCCAAUAAACUGGCGAUAGCUCAAGGCCGCCCCAAUGACGUGCGAACCAUUGUCGUUUCCGUUGCCCCUCAGUCUCGUGCUUCCAUAGCAGCAAAAUACAAUCUGACACCACUCCAGGUUCACAUGCGACUGUUGUGGUUCUUUAAGCAGUUUCUUGGAGUUCACUACGUUUUCGAUACCGCCUUUUCAAGAGAUUUCUCCUUACUGGAAAGUGCCAAAGAGUUUGUUCGGAGAUACAGACAGCAUCGUGCUACCGGUGGCGUACUCCCAAUGUUGGCCAGUGCCUGCCCAGGAUGGAUCUGCUAUGCCGAGAAAACUCACGACUACAUCCUUCCCUUUAUUGAUACGACGAAAUCACCACAACAAGUCAUGGGAUCGCUUGUCAAGGAUUACUUGGGGUCCAAAAUAGGGCUGACGCCUGACAAGGUGUACCAUGUCUCCGUCAUGCCGUGUUACGAUAAAAAGCUGGAAGCCUCCCGACAAGACUUUUAUAACGAGAUUUAUUCUACUCGGGACGUGGAUUGCGUUAUUACGACUGGAGAGGUGGAAAAAAUGUUUGGCGAGCAGGGCUUGGGAAUCGGACAUGUCCCAGAAGCAGAGGUAGAGAGUCUCUUUACAAAGGCUGUGGCGUCACAUGACACUGGUAUCCCCAUGUUGGCUGGAACAGAGGGAUCAUCAUCGGGUGGGUACCUUUCCUACAUAUUCCGAUACGCAGCUCGAGUAUUAUAUGGAAUCAACUUGACACUGGAAGACGUUGAACUCGGUCGAAACGGCGUUCAAGUCCGUGCCGGCCGAAACAUUGACUUCAAAGAAUACACCUUGACCCUCCCUAACGAUCCCACCCCCGUCCUCAAAUUCGCCGCUGCUUACGGAUUCCGCAACAUUCAAAACCUUGUCCGAAAACUCAAACCCACUUCAUCUCUUCGACGUCGUCCAACAGCUACCAGCGAUUACCAUUUUGUGGAAGUCAUGGCGUGUCCUUCGGGAUGUAUCAAUGGAGGUGGACAGCUUAAACCUGAUGACGAUUUGGCGUCCGCGUCUAGAGACUGGGUGGCCAGAACGGAGGAAGCGUAUCGGUGGGUGGCAAAUAAGGCAGGUGUCCAGUUCCCAGAGGCCAAUUCGGCGAUUGGAGUCUUGUAUCAAGAGUGGUUGGGUGGUGAAGAGACGGAAAAGGCGCGGGUAAUGUUACAUACUGGGUAUAGAGCCGUGGAAAAGACGAAUGUGAGCGGUUUGGCUGUCAAAUGGUGACCUCGGUACCAGAAUCAUUUUUUAGGAUUAUAACGGAAGGUUGAGCAUUUUGAUACAUAGUCAUAUUUAUUUUGUGUACAUUGAUAUCUAUUGCGGAUUUUUGGGAUUGCACUGUCAUGUUUUUCGUUCUUCCCCCUUUUUCGCAAACCUAUUUAUGUCCAUGGCAACUAGAAUGCGCAUGUAAAUGAUAAUGCAUCUCUAUUUGAUAAUAUGUGAAUGACACGAAAUUUUAG